UCUACUAAAUUUAUAUAAUAUACGAGGAAGAGGGGGCAUUUGGCGAACUCGAAAGGGGAAACCGAAAAACAGGGGAAAAACAAUGGCAGGGAGAAUAAGCUGCUGUCUGAAUCUUCCUCUCCUAGAUUCUAACUCCGCGCAAUCAUCUUCUCAACGACUUAAGACAACGUCACGGAUCUCUCGGAGGAGAACAGAGGAUGAAACCGAGCCACGGAAGAACAAGUGUUCCCUUCCCAUGGCCUUGGCAGCGACUGUUGUGAUCGGCGCUGUUCAGAUCACUAACGUGCCGUUGGUGGAAGCGGCAGUUGUAAAACCGACGGUGAUCAAAGAGACGGCGCCCCGGAGGUGGAGUGACAAGAGGGCUUGUCCGCCUUGGCUUCAGAACUCACUCGAGACAAUCGUACCGGAGAAUCUUCCUCGUCCGUCGAGUCAUCGGCGUUUGGAGUUAGCCGGACUUGGUAAGCGUGACGCGCCGCCGGUCGGUGCGGUGGUGACACGCGUCAGUAAGGCCGCUUGUUUCUCCAUGUAAAUUGGAAAGUUUAUUACGUGUACGAAAAGAUGUUAGGCACGUGUAGAAGUUAGUUAGAUACAAACUGUAAUACACACGUAAACUUUCGUCAAUAAAUAAAAGUCUUAUUUGCA